UUUAGCCAUAUAUACAUGGUAGUAACAGAAAUGAGUUCAUUUUCUCUAUUGUGUAUCUUGGCCUUAUUACUCGUUAUUGGUCAUGUAGCAAAUGCCCAAAACUCACGAGCAGACUAUGUGAACGCCCACAACGACGCAAGACGUCAGGUUGGUGUUGGAGAUAUUGUUUGGGACAAUACUGUUGCUAGUUUUGCCCAAGACUAUGCUAAUCAACGCAAGGGUGAUUGUCAACUGAUCCACUCCGGUGGUGGUGGCCGCUACGGGGAAAAUCUGGCGUGGAGCUCUGGCGACAUGAGUGGCUCAGAUGCAGUGAAGUUGUGGGUGAAUGAGAAAGCUGACUAUAAUUAUAAUAGUAACACAUGUGCUUCUGGUAAAGUGUGUGGCCAUUAUACUCAGGUUGUUUGGAGAAACUCACAACGUGUUGGAUGUGCCAAAGUGAGAUGUGAUAAUAAUAGAGGAACAUUCAUUACAUGCAAUUACGACCCACCAGGCAACUAUGUUGGUGAAAAGCCAUAUUUGUUAGAACAACCACUCACUUGUAGUGGUAAUACACGGAUUAUACUAUCACUCACAUGAGAGGAUUGGAGAAUGAAAUAGUUUUAGGACUUAGAGAAAUGGAUUCAAUGGUCUAUCAUAUUUUAUUGAAUGAGAAGGUAUAUUGAAAUACACACUGACCAAUACAUUUGAGUCUUAGGUCGUUCUGUUUCAAGGAUCUGAAGAAAUCCUUCAGCAAAAGCCUCAAGGCAAGAGGAUAUGCAUCUUUGAUUUUUUCUUUUCCUUCUUAUUUUGUUGUUUCAUGAACUGGUCAAUGAUUCCUUUUUCUUUUUCUUCUAUUUUGAGUGAGAUGGAUGCUAAGAUCAAAUCUAUCUCAGUAUCUCUCUCCUAAACGGUUAACAACAAAAAAAUUGAUUAAAUGUGGUUUUGAUUUU